UACCACUGAUCAGUGAACAACACAAGAACGCAACUAACGCAUCCAUUAUCUAGGACUUGGUCUAGGAGAAACAUGAAUCCUUUGAAGGCUCUCUGUGUGGUAGCCCUUUUGGCUGCCAGCGUUUUGGCUGUGCCCAAUCAUCAGCAAUCAUUGAAGCAUAAGCCCACCCAAUGGUUGUCCAUCAAUCAAUUGAAGGCAGCCCCUUCUGUGGAGGAUGUGUCCAUUGAAAACUUGGAACGCAUGCCCUUGGAUGAAGGUGCCAAGGCCUUGCAAACGAUUUAUCAUGUGUCCCAGAUCAACAACGACUUGAAGCCAGCUUUUACCCCCAGCCCCAGCAACAUUCCCGUUACCAUUGUCAAGAGCAAUGGCCAAAUGGUCUCCACCACUUUGGACAAGUUGGCCGGCACCACCAAGCAAAUGCCCGACUUUGGUAAUCAGGAAGUUACCGUCUUCAUCACUGGCCUCCCCUCCCAAAAGAGUGAGACAGUCAGGACCGCUAAUCACGAUUUGGUUGGAGCCUACGUUGAACGUUUCAACUACGAAAACUCCAAGAGCCAUGGUGAAGCUCCCAAUGCUGGCAACCUUGUGAUCAUUGAUUUGGGUGAACAAUUGUCCACCUCCAAACACUACAUGUUGUUGGACAUCCGCGAGACCGGUAACCAAAUUGCCCACGAACUCAUUAAGAUGAUGGAAAUGUGCGGCAUUCCUCCCAACUCCGUCCACAUUGUUGCCCAAAACAUUGCCAGCCAUGUCGCUGGUCAGGCUGGUAGGGAAUUCGAACGUGAAACUGGCAAACAAAUCAGCCGCAUCACUGCCUUGGACCCAUCCCCCGUGUAUGCCAAGAUCUGUAACUGCUUGCUUAGCCUUUCCCGUGGUGAUGCUGAAUUCGUUGAUGCCAUCCACACCUCCGCCUGGGGCAUGGGUACUACUGAACGCGUUGGUGAUGUUGAUAUCUUCCCCAAUGGUCCUUCCAAGGGUGUUCCCGGUUGCGAUAAUGUCGUCAAAGCCUCCAUGCGUGCCACCCACUACUUCGCCGAAUCUGUUCGUCCCGGUCAAGAGCACAGCUUCCCCGCCGAAGAGACCAGCUCCUUUGAUGAGUUGAGGAGCAAGAACACCUGCGGCAAACGUGUCUACAUGGGUCUUGCCAUCGACAAGGAUGCCGAAGGUGAUUUCAUGUUGGAAGUCAAUGAGAAGAGCCCCUUCGGUAAGAGAACUCCAGCUCACCAACAAAGAAACUGCCAUCGCGCCCACAAAUCCUCCUCUUCUUCCUCCACCUCCUCCAAGUACUGGUCUUCCUCCAACUAAAGGGAGCGGCGGCGGAUACAAGAGUGUAUGCCGAAAUUGCUAAAGUUGCUAUGAUGUGAUUGCGUCCAUUUCCAUUUAAUUUUAGAACAAAAAAAAAAACUGUUUCGAAUUUUAUAAUUUGUAUAUUUUCUAAAUAAAUUAUUUUCUUUUUUUUGCAUUUUGAAAAAGUAA